AUGAUCCGCGCCGUACUUCAGUUGGCGGUCUCGCGCGCCUGGCCCGUGCACCAGUUGGAUGUCUCCAACGCCUUCUUGCACGACCAUCUUGCCGAGCAGGUGUUCUGUGCCUCGGGCUUGGGAGCCGUCACUGCAUAUCUGCUGCUCUACAUCGACGACAUCAUCCUCACGGCGUCCGCCCCUGCUCUCCUUCAGCGGCUGACUGCUCGUCUUCGUGAUGAGUUCGCCCUCAAGGAUUUGGGGCCUCUGCACUACUUCCUCGGCAUCGAGAAGUAUGCCCAUGAGCUUUUGGAGCGUGCCGGUAUGCUUAACUGCAAGCUGGUGCCCUCCCCCGUCGACACGAAGGCGAAGUACGAUGUUCAGCAGGUGUGCCUCCACAUGCACGGUCCGCGUGACUCUCGCUGGACCUUGGUGAAGCGUAUUCUCUAUUACAUACGCGGCACUAUGUCUUUGGGACUCACCUUGACGGCCUCCGCCUCCACUGACCUCGUGGCCUACUCGGAUGCCGACUGGGCUGGCUGCCCCGACACUCGACACUCCACGUCAGGCUACUGCGUCUACCUUGGGCCCUCAUUGAUCUCUUGGUCAUCGAAGCGGCAGCCCACGGUCUCCCGCUCUAGCGCCGAGGAAGAGUAUCGCGCCGUGGCUAACGCCGUGGCCGAGUGCUCUUGGAUCCGUCUGUUGGGAAUCGUAGCAUAA